CAUUUGCCCAAACACAACACAACAUCAUUUUCUCUCUUCUUCCCGGAAACGCCCCUCCUUUUAAUUUCCCCAAAAAAUCAAAGACCCAUUAUUCUUCCUUCCAUGUACAGGUGUUAUCUUUAGCACCCACCCAACCCACAGUGUCGUACAACGUUGUUAUCCUUUUGUCAGGCAUGGACACCAUCACCAACUCACUCCUCAGAAACACUACUACUACUACUACAACUAGGAGUAGCGUUCACCAAACAACGCCCACCAAAAAAGCCAAACCCAAGAAAAAACCCAUCAAGGUUGUCUACAUAUCCAACCCCAUGAAGAUCAAGACCAGUGCCUCCGAGUUCAGAGCCCUCGUCCAAGAACUCACCGGCCAGGACGCCGAAUCGCCGCCGGACCCUUCCCGUUUCCCCGCCGCCGGCGCUCUUCAGGUCGAUUCCGAUGACUCUUCUUUCAAAAAUGAUGAAAAUGACCACCUUAAGUGCGUGGUGCCUCCCCCAGUGGAUCCCACUAUUUGUGAAGGCCAACCCUCUUCUAUUGAGAGUUUUGAGCCUUUUGACGACGACGUCUUCACUCCUCAGAUGAUAGAGAACAUUUCCGGUCUGUUUCCCGCAAGUGUAUUCUAUGAAUCUCCCCAUCUUGGUCAGUGGUGAUGCAGUGUAAUUAUUAAGCUCAAGCUUAAUUAUUCUCUCCAAGGCAAGUUAAUUAUUAUCUAUGUAUGUAUGUAUAGUUUAUAUAUACAUAGAUAGAUUGAUAAUUGCAUUUAAUUGUCAAUU